AAAAUGGCAGAGGCUACUGUUUCAGUAUCUCAGGAUCAGUUCAGCUGUCCAAUUUGUCUAGAUCUGCUGAAGGAUCCUGUCACUCUUCCCUGUGGACACAGUUUCUGUAUGGACUGCAUUACAGGUUGUUGGGAUCAGGAAGAUAUGAAGAGAGUCUACAGCUGCCCACAGUGCAGACAGACCUUCACUCCGAGGCCUGUCCUUUGCAAAAAUACCAUAUUGGCUGAAAUGGUACAGAUGUUAAAAAAGACAGCAAUCCAUUCUGAUUCCCCAUCCCCAAAUUAUGCUGGACCUGGAGAUGUGGAAUGUGACGUCUGCGUUGGGAGAAAACGAAAGGCAGUCAAGUCCUGUCUGGUGUGUCUGUCCUCUUACUGUGAAACUCACCUCAGAGUUCAUAAUGAUCUCAACCCAGGGAAGAAACACAAAGUGGUUGAUGCUUCUGGUAAAUUAGAAAAUCUGAUCUGCUUUUGUCAUGAUAAACUGCUGGAGGUCUUCUGCCGCACUGAUCAGACAUGCAUAUGUGUGCUGUGUGUCAUGGAUGAACACAAAGGACAUGAUACAGUUUCAGCUGCGACCGAACGAAUUGAAAAACAGAAGCAGUUGGAGGAGAGUUGCAGAAAAACCCAAAAGACCAUCGAAGAGAGACAUAAGCACUUGCAGCAGAUGAAAGAGGCCAUUAAGUCUUUUAAGCACUCUGCUCAGGCAGCAGUGGAGGACAGUGAAAGGAUUUUUACUGAAAUGAUCCGCUCCAUUGAGAGAAGACGCUCUGAGGUGACAAGGCAGAUUAGAGAUCAGGAGAAGGCUGAAGUGAGUCGAGCUGAAGAACUCAUGGAGAAACUGGAGCAGGAGAUUACUGAGCUGAAGAAGAGUAAUGCUGACCAAGAGCAGCUUUCACAAACAGAGGAUCAUACAAGCUUUCUCAGGAGUUUUUGGUCUCUGUGUUCUUUGACUGACCCAGAGGAUUCAUCAUCCAUCAUCAGUUUUUGUUUAGAUGUGGCAUUUGAUAAAGUGAAGGAAAAUGUUUAUCAGUUGAAAGAAGAUGUGGAAGAUUUACUUAAGCAUGAAGUAGACCAGAUUUCUAUGAGAGCAAAAGCGAUAAGAAUAUCCCCUCCCCUUGACCCCUUGACCAGACAGGACUUCUUAACAUACUUGUGUCAACUCAAUCUAGAUCGCAAUACGGCACAAUCAAGACUUCAUUUUUCUGAUAAUAACAAGGAACUUACCUGUAAAAAAAAUGAGAUGCAGUCAUAUACUUACAAUCCAGAGAGGUUUGACUAUUGGCAACAGGUGCUGAGUAAGGAAGCUGUGACAGGAAGAUGCUACUGGGAGUUGGAGUGGAGCCCAAGUAACUCCGGAAGAGCAUGGGGAGUUUAUGUAGCAGUGUCCUACAAAGAGAUCCGCAGAAAGGGAAUAGACCAACAGGCCAAGUGUGGGCACAACAAGCACUCUUGGAGUUUACACUGCUGGUCCACUAUGUGCUCUUUCAUACACAAUGGAAAGGUGACUCAACUCAGUGUUAUUCCCAGCAGUAGAAUUGGAGUGUAUGUGGAUCACAAAGCUGGAAUUCUGUCUUUUUACAGCAUCUGCAGAGACAAAAUGACCCUCCUGCACAAAGUCCAGACCAAAUUCACUCAGCCACUCUAUGCUGGUUUUUGGUUAGAUGUUGAAGCAAAAGUGAAGCUAUGCCAUUAGUUAUGCCAUGUUGUUUGGAUGUCAUCAGUGGUAGAACAUGAUGAGCCUUUUCCAUCCAUACUUGAUGCACCAGACCCAAACAUAUUCCAUCACUAUGCAGCUCCGGAGACUCAGUUUGAGUAACUAUAAAUCCAAAAAAGGUUGAGACAUGGACUGGCUUUCAAAUGUUGCAUUUUCUAUUUUAGUGUCAAUGAUAGAUCAUUUAAUUUGAU